UCAACCCCUUUCUAUUCUCAUCAUGACCAAAUGGGUACACACAGAUAUCCAGAUUUUCCUUAGCAAUCAAACAAAAUCCAGACAAAGAAAAAAAGAAGAGAGAGAGAGAGAAAGAGAUGAGUGGUGGUUGUACCAACGCGGUGUAGAGAAUCUAUAGAGAGAUCUAGCAUGAAAAGCACACAUGGGCACGCGCGCACAGACAUGUUGUAUCUUGCAAAGAACUCUUGCACCUACUUAUUAUUAAACCUACGAAACAAUCAACAAACACACACCAAUCUCAUUUCCCCUUGCAGAAUAUCUAAUCCAAAAGAAAUAGCUAGCCGAUCGAUCACUUUCUUUCUUUCGAUCAAGUCCCAUUAUUUAUUUCCAAAUUAAUGGAGGUACGUUCAGGUGUUAACGUUGCAGACACCCAACAAAGCCAAAAACAGCAUUUUCAUGUUCUUGCAGUAGAUGAUAGUCUCACUGAGAGGAAGAUCUUGGAGAGGCUCCUCAGAGAAUCUUCAUGCAAAGGUUGCUUGUUGAUUAUUUGGGGUUUGAAUUAUGGAAUAAUUAAGAAAAUAGUGACUUGUGUGGAUUCUGGGGAUAAAGCUCUUGAAUAUCUGCGCCUGCUUGAUGGCCAAGAGAGUGACUCUACAGCUUCAUCGUCUUCCACCCAAUCAUCACAACAAGAGGAGUUGAAAGUACACUUGAUCAUGACGGACUACUCAAUGCCCGGAAUGAACGGCUAUGAUUUACUGAAGAGAGUCAAGGGAUCUUCUUGGAAAGACAUACCGGUAGUGGUCAUGUCAUCAGAGAAUGUACCCUCUAGGAUAAGAAAGUGUUUAGAAGAAGGGGCAGAGGAGUUCCUUCUGAAGCCUCUUCAGUUGACAGACGUAAACAAGCUUCAGCCUCACCUCUUGAAAUCUCUGGUCCAUUCUAAUAAAGACAUAAGCAGUUGCACCGACAAUGACAAUGACAACAUUAUCGAUAUCACCAUGAUCAACAACAACAAGGUUAUAAGCAAAAGGAGAGCAGUGUCUCCAGAGCCAUUGGAGACGAUAACUAAAAUGAAGGGAUUAGCUGUCGUAUAAGUAAGAAUUAGAUACACUUAGGCGCACAUAACAUUAAGCAAUAUCUCUAGAGCUUUCAGAGACAAGAUCUAACAUUAAGAGAUUAGCCGUGGUAUAUAAGUUGUGUUGGAGACCGGUGUGGGUGCAUAUAAGAUUUAAGGAAUAUAUUUAGUUUUGUUGGCAGAAUUCUCAUGAUGUCCUACGGUUGGCAGUUCAUAUAUAAGAGGUGGUUCUAGUGGAA